GUGACGUCGGAUCGCGCGAUGCAGAGGAGACCUCCAAUUGGCCGAGAGCCUGUGGGAUGUUGUCGGUGAUUGGCUGAGGCCAUGAGGCAACAUCGCGCGAUGAUCAGUCCUGCGUAUGGGUCGGUGUGAGAAACACAUGAGAAUUCCCUCUACGUUGUACUAGUGUUGCAUCUCUGGAAACAAAGUUAAUCCGAAGUGUUAUCGAGGAAGUUUAGUGAGGAGAAAUGGAGGACGACGUUAUGAUUCCCGAUGAUUUAGGGGACGAGGACCUCUUGAGUAAUAUGAAUUGGACAGAUUUGGACCUGGAUGAUAUAAAAGAUAUAAACUUGGAUUGGAAUGAAGGUGAUGUCUUGGGUCAGGGAACAAGCUUAUUAGAGCACACAGAUCCAACUCCAGUAACAACAACUAACCACAGCAACACGUCUACUCCAACACAUGUACCCUCACAAGUUUCAGUGGUGAAUUCCAAUGCUACCUUGUCAGGGUUCAUAAGUGUUUCUGAUGCAGUUAACAAGGGCAUAUCCCAGCUUAAGUCUGGAGGUGUCCCCUUACAAGUCAAGGUUACAGCACCACAGCAUGUGCAGGUACAGAAGCAUCAACUAAUUGCAACCACAGCUUGUGGUAACCAGAUGCGACAAGUUGCUCAUGUAGCCCCUCGUGUUGAACAUGCAUCACUUAUAAACAUCCCACACACAGUUGUCAGUACCAGUGGAACAUUAACCCAGACACCCCAGUUACAGCAGAUUUUGACUCAGGCAAAUGGUAAUAUCCAGCAAAGGCAAGUUGAGCACAUUCAGACCCAGCCAAUUCAAGUUCAACAAUCCCAGAUUCAGCAGGUCACAAUACCUCAUCAAAUUGGAAAAAGAAUGGCAACUGGAGGGGUUUCAAUAUUACAGCAUCCAACUGUAAUACAACAGCUAGUGUUACCGAAGACAGAUAAUGGAACAAUUGUGAGCACAACAUCAGGGCAAUGUAUAAAUAUGCCCCAAACUGUCUUAUAUAAAGCUACACCAACCAUUGCGACAAUUGCAGCCCCAGUUCAAGGCUUGGAUACUAGUACAGUAGUUACUGGUAUUCCUGUUGUAUUUGAUUCAGACCGUAUACCUGUUGCAAGGGUAGUUAGUUCAGGAAAACCUCUGGUCAUUCCGCCUAAGGGAGAGAAACGCAACUCCCACAAUGCAAUUGAGAAAAGGUACAGAUGCUCUAUAAAUGACAAAAUUGUGGAGUUAAAGAACUUGGUUGCAGGGGAAGAGUCAAAGCUGCACAAGUCUCAAAUAUUGAAGAAAGCCAUUGAGUACAUUCGUUACCUUCAAACUCAAAAUUCGCGCCUACGUGUAGAACUGAAUUCGUAUCGUAUGCGUGAUGGCAAUCAAAAGAUAACUGAUCUUCUACUCGGUCCGUACACUCCUCCACCCUCUGACACAUCAUCACCAGCGAGGUCACCUAUAUCCGAUUCGUCAUUGCCACCUUCUCCUCCUAUUGCCAAGAUAGAGUUAAAGGAUGAGGAUGCUGCUUCACCAUGUAACAGUCCAUCGUACAUUCCCAUGGCCCGUAACAUGGCAGAUGGAUCCCGUAUGGUGUUGUGUAUGAUGAUGUUGGCCUUAUUGGCUUUUAAUCCAAUGAGCCUCUUGAACAAACGUUCACAUUCAGCUCUCUCUGAUACCAUUGGUGAAGCACCAGGACGAUCUAUCCUAGAUUUUGAAUCCGAUAACGAUGCAUUCUCUUUCCAAAGCCUGUUUUAUUCAUCACUCAUGGUAUGGUUGGUAAAUUUUGUCAUCAUUAGUGUGUUCCUAAUCCGUAUAUUCAUAUAUGGAGAACCAAUAAUGAGGAGAAAAUCCCCUGUUGCGGAGAGUUUUUGGAGACAUCGUAAACAGGCAGACCUUGAUAUGGCAAAGGGUAAUUACGGUAGUGCUUGCCGUCAAUAUGGCCUAGCAUUACAUGUUAUUGGAAGACCUUUACCUAGUUCGUGGGUUGAGAAGUCAUGUUCUGUCAUGUGGCAGUUCACAAGACAGAUAAUGCAGAGAAUGUAUUUAGGGAGGUGGCUUGCAAAACAUGCUGGUGGACUGUUUUUGGAAUCCUCUAUCCGUGAAGAGAUAAGGGAAAGCAUACGUGAGUGUUCCUAUGUAUACCAUCAGCUGCAUAAGUUGCACUUAAUGGGACAUGUUGAAGAUGGCUCCAAUCUCCUUGGUUUGUACCUGGCCUUAACUUCCAUCAACCUUGGUGAAUGUGGAUCAGUUCCAGGUGGCGACAUGGCAGAUAUACUAGUACUUGGAGCACUUCGAGCAAAAGAAUCUUUGCCUGAAUUGUGUCGGUUCAUUGCCAAAAUUCUCAUGGGUAAAGCUAGGUGGUGUUCAGUGCUAUACAAAAAGAAUAAUAUUCAGUGGCUCUUCAGUCCAUCAGGAAACAGAUUCUUUGUUUCUCACAAGUGGUCCUAUGAUGCAAAGCGAAUUAGCAUGUUCAGUCAACUAACUGACAAAGCAGAUCCUGUUGGUUACCUCUUAUUGCUUUACAGGGAACACUUACUUGAGCGGGCAAUUACCACGCUGGUGAAUCCAGGAGUAAAGGCAGAUGAUGUUUGUGAAGAGAGUGCGCAUAGGCGCACUAAAACUUCAGAUGUUUUGGACUACAUAGCUUUGCUGACAGAAACUUACAAUGGUUAUGAGGCUUCAUUUGUCGUUUCAUGCCGUGAUGAGGUUUCUUGUUGGUGGGGAACUUGGUGCCAGGUUAUUGCUCAUUGGCUUCUUGGUGAGGAUGACCAUGCUGAGUCUGUAUAUGCUGCACUUGAAAAUGUUCCUCAAGUUCUGAAAGCCUCAGAUGAUCCUUUACCAAUGGCUGUAUUGAAUGCUGCAAGGGCACGUCGUCAGCUUGGCCAUGGAUCGCCAUCAUCUAUUUUGCGUCUCUGUGAGCGUUCUGCCUCUGCUCUAAGUGAUUCUAUCCAUCAGGCUUCGUACAAGCAUCCCAAUCAGAUGGUUUUGAGUGUCCAGCUAAUCAUUGUGGAUCUGUUACUGGGUGUCAGAACAGUAGUUUGGGAAAGUGAAUCGGCUACAGAUUGCGACACAUUAACUGUUGCGCCUGCACAUAUUCUUCGUGGUUUCCAAAAUGAUUUGGCACUACUGCGAAAGCUUGUGCAACAUCUCCCGGGUGUAUUGGCUAGGGUUUUCCUUCAUGAGGCUACCCUUCGGAUGAUGGCUGGUGCCUCUCCUGCUAGGACGCAGCAGCUGCUUGAUAGAUCUUUGAGACAUAGAUAUGGAAAGUCAUCUGUUAUAUGUGGUAAAGAUAAGAAAAUAGACAGCUUCAGUGGUGAACGAGAACGCGCAACUGCGCUUAUGCUGGCAUGUAGGCAUCUUCCAUCACAACUCUUGUCCUCACCAGGUGAAAGGGCAGGAAUGCUAUCAGAAGCAGCGAAGACCUUGGAGAAAAUUGGGGAUAAGCAGAGGUUACAAGAUUGUUACAAUAUGAUGAAAAACCUGGGUACUGGUGUAUCGUCGUAUUGUUAAUUUAUUUCUAAUUAAUGCUGUAGAUCCCUACUGCAGUGUGGAGAGAGAUUCAUGUACAUUAUCUCCCUUGUACAUUUAUAUCAUUGUCAUUCCUGAGUUCACAUAUAUAAUUAUUUUGUACCUGGUUUAUUUUUUGUAAAUAAUAUAUACAAAUAUAAUUAAGAAAUAAU